AUGACGAGCGCGAAGCCCGCGAGAGCGCCCCGCGCGUCGGACGAAGACGUCCGGGAGCUCCGUCGAGCCGUGUUCGAGACGGACGCGUCGACGAACGCGCGCGGCGCGGGCGAUGCGAUCAAAUCUAAAGACGCCGCGAUCGAAGCCUUAGCGGAGGCGCUGGCGUCCAGGGACGACGCGAUGGCGUUCAAGGAACUUUUUACGGAGCUCCGACCGUCGUUCGAAAAGGCGCCCAAGGCGAAGACGGCGAAGAUUGUCCGGGGGUUGAUUGAAAUCAUGGGAAAGAUUCGAGGCCACGACGCGUUGCAAGUGGAGCUGUGUGAAGAGCACGUGGAGUGGGCUCGGCGCGAGCGGAGGACGUUUUUGCGACACCGGGUUGAGCUGCGGUUGGCGACGUUGCAUUUGGGGAUGCGGGAUUACCCCGAGGCGCUGCGCGUCAUCGGAGGUUUGGCGAGAGAGGUGAAGAAGCUGGACGAUAAGCUGUUAUUGGUGGAUAUUCAUCUCUUGGAGUCGCGGAUUCACUACGCGUUGAGGAAUCUGCCUAAGAGUAAGGCGUCGUUGACGGCGGCGCGGACGAACGCGAACGCGAUCUACGUGCCGCCGAGCGUGCAGUGUCAGAUUGACAUGCAAAGCGGUAUUUUGCACGCCGACGAAAAGGAUUACAAGACGGCGUAUUCUUACUUUUUCGAGGCGUUCGAGCAGUUGAAUUCGUUAGACGAGAAGGAGACGGCGGUGACGGCUCUCAAGUACAUGCUGAUGUGCAAAAUUAUGUGCGGGCAGGCGGAGGACAUCGGUGCGCUCAUCGCGAGCAAGGGUGGUUUGCAGCACCAAGGCGAGGCUUUAGACGCCAUGAAGGCGGUGGCCGAGGCGUACAAGGCGCGAUCGCUCAAGGAUUUACAGAGCGUUUUGCGUGGGUACGAUUCUCAGCUCGGGAACGACCCUAUCAUAGCCGCCCAUCUCGGGAGCUUGCAAGAUUCCUUGAUGGAGGAAAACUUGAAGCGUCUCAUUGAGCCCUUCUCCCGGGUCGAAAUUGCGCACAUCGCGUCUCUCAUCGAGCUCCCGCUCCCGGAAGUGGAGAUGAAGCUCUCGCAGAUGAUCCUCGAUCGUAAGUUUGAGGGAAUUCUCGACCAAGGCACUGGAUGUCUCAUCGUCUACGACGACCCGUCGCCGGAGACGACGUACAAGGCCUCCAUCGAUUGUCUCGUCGAGGUUGGCAAGGUUGUCGAUUCGUUGGCUGCCAAGUCGUCCAAAAUCGUCGCGUAA